GCGUUUGCGCCUCCUGUCUGUUGACCGAGAGGUGUAACGACACUUUACUUUUUCCCCAUUUCAAGGUUUGGUAUCGGUGUUGGGCUCGACUAAAGCGUUUUAGCGAGGCGGAGAGCUUUCUUUGCACAGAGCCAAGAUGCUGAACAUGUGGAAGGUUCGGGAGCUGGUUGACAAAGCAACCAAUGUGGUGAUGAACUACUCAGAGGUGGAGUCUAAAGUCAGAGAGGCAACUAAUGAUGACCCCUGGGGACCAUCAGGACAACUGAUGAGUGAAAUUUCAAGAGCAACCUUCAUGUAUGAGCAGUUCCCAGAGGUGAUGAACAUGCUGUGGACCCGCAUGCUGAGAGAUAACAAGAAGAACUGGAGGAGAGUCUACAAGUCCCUACUGCUGCUUGCUCAUCUAAUCAGGAAUGGAUCAGAGCGGGUUGUAACUAGUGCCAGAGAACAUCUCUAUGACUUGAGAUCAUUAGAAAGCUACCACUUUGUUGAUGAGCAUGGGAAGGACCAAGGAGUGAAUGUGCGCCAGAAAGUGAAGGAGAUGGUUGAGUUCGUCCAGGAUGAUGAAAGACUGAGGGAAGAGCGGAAAAAAGCCAAGAAAAACAAAGAUAAAUAUGUUGGUGUGUCUUCCGACAGUAGAGGAUACAGAGGUUACUCGGGGGACAGGUAUGACUCCAGUGAAACCCGUCACCAGUGGGAUGAUGACUGGGAGAGUAACAAAGGGCAGUUCCCAUUCAGCGAUAAAUUGGGAGAGAUCAGUGACAAGAUUGGAAGCACGAUUGACGAUACCAUCAACAGGUUUAGGAAGAAGGACAGAGAUGACUCACCAGACAGAUUCAGUGACAAUGAGGAGGACCGAGGCCGCUCGUCUCAGAAUGGCAAAUCGGGCAAAGAAUUCAAAGAUGAAGAAGAAACCGUGACCACCAAGAGUGUACAAAUAGUCCAAGCUACAGAGACGACAGCCACCCGCAAGAGAGGAGGCGUCCCGUCAAAGAAAGUGGACUUGGGGGCGGCGGCCCAAUACACAGGAGACAAGAGCCCAAACGCUACCACCACACAGACACAAUCAGCAGCAACGCAGCCCUCGAGUAGUGGACUAGUUGACCUACUUAUGGUGGAGUCAACACCUUCUCAGCCUCCUCCUGCUGACUUGAUGAGUGGAUUUGCCGACUUCUCUUCACCUGCUGCUUCUGCCGGACUUUCCGCGGGAUCUGGCGCACCAGUCUCCAGCAACAAUGGAGACUUUGGAGAGUGGAAUGCAUUCCCUGGUGGCCAGAUGCCAGCAUCUGCUCAGCCUGUAGACACCAGUGGGAAUGACCUUUUUGGAGCCAUGAAAGCCAGCCCUGCUCCUGCCCCCGCCCCCGUCGCCACUGUGGGCUCCAGUUCGUCCUCAGCGGAUCUAUUUGACUUGAUGGGGCCAACUCAGACAUUUACUUCCUCUCAGAGCCUCAACUUCAGCAUGAAUAGUACACAGAGCAUGAACACCACAGCCCUGCCUCAGUCGAGGUCACAGCCCCUACAGAACAUUGGGACGCCUCUACAACCGCAGACUGCUCAGCAGGGACUCGUUUCUCAGGGCACUGCAGCCAAAGCGUCGCUCCCUUCCACCUGGUCAGACCACUCGGUGAACAUCAGCCUCGACUCGCUGGGACCCGGCAUGCAGGCGCCCAAGCAGAGUCAACCCACACUCAACACACUUCAACAAGGCAGCCAGGCCAAUGCCAGCAUGCUGUCACAGGGAUUUUCGACCAUGAGCCUUGGACCCACGGCAGUCAGACCGCCUGUCAAUGCUAUGAUGCACCCCAGUGCUGGAAUGGGAAUGGGGAUGGCGCCCAACCCUGGAAUGAUGGUCAUGGGGAUGCCCCCCAACCAGGCAAUGAUGGGGAUGUCAAUGGCUUCCAACCAGGGCAUGAUGGGAAUGGGCAUGGGCAUGCACAUGGGAGGGGUGACGAUGGUGAUGCCCGGCGCCAUGGGAAUGGGAAUGAACCCGACAAUGGUUCAGCAGUCCAAACAUGACAGUUUCGCUGACUUUGGGAACUUCGGGAAGUGAUGAAGAAGAGCAGAGAUUAGCCAAGAGGUCAUUGGUGAAGGAUUGUCCUGAGCUUCAAACAAAGAGUACUUGAAUCAUGUCAACUCUCACUCUACCGACACCCUGCAAUCUCUUUCUUUUAAGCAAAUCUAAAUGGAUGUGUGUGUGUGUGCGUGCGUGCGAAUGCAUGCGUGUGCCGUUUGAACCAAUGAUCAAUGCGGUCUUCAGACGGCUACUGUAAAUUGUGUGCCUUGCUGGUCAUGAAUGUCAGUUGUGUUUGCUUUUAUGACCUCAAUCAAACGGAAUCAGCAGAAUAGCAAAAAUGGAUGUAUAUAGAUACCGGAAUAUAUAUAUCUCGGUAGAUGCAUCACUUUUCGAGAUGCUUCCUAUUGAAUGAUGCUUUUGGUGAACAUGAUCAGCCAUUUUAACUUCCAAGUUACCUCUCAUUUUGUCCUCUGUCUUCCUUUAACCUGUCAAUUGAAAUCUCCAUCUCUUUCCUCGAAGCUAGAAAGAACUUUGAUCUGCAGUGAGUUGAGUUGGCUGCUAACAGUUACGCCAUCCACACAAAAGCGAUUUGAAUUAAGAGCACAUUGUUACCUUCUCUCUGACAUGCCGCGAUGACCUUCGGCUGCAAAAAGCAGUUUCGCCACAUCCAGAACACCCACCCUUUGCUACUGGUACAAUGUUAUGGCUCUUCUUGUUGCUGUACAUAUAUAAAUGACUUCUAAAGAAGAGUAUGAUCGCUUUGCAUUUAAAGAAGAUAAUCAAUACUUGGGGAAUGUUCUUUUUCUCCCCCCCCCCCUCCCUCUCCCGAGUACAACCCAGAGUGCCUGCGAGACCUUUGCCUUUCCUCUUCUGUUCACUUCCAUAAAGAAGACAAUAUGACCAUGCAGUGUUGAAGGCAGCAAACACACCAUGUACAAAUAAUGCCGGUUUGUACUCGUGCCUCAAGCCAAGUAAACUGUCAGUACACCAAGGCAGUUGUCUUAACUAGUUCACUCAAGCGGUUUGUUUGUCCCUUCGACAUAUUUACUUCCUCUCUUUUGUUGUGUCAUUCUGUUAACGCAGACUGUUUGCCGAUUGCGUCACAUUUGCGUUGAACUUCUUAUUUUCGCAUUUAGAACAGCUCCCAUGCAGUAUUUGUCGGGUCGUGUGUAUGCGUGUGCAUUUACCUUACGACUAAGCAGAUGAGCAAGAGGACGAACUGUGGUGCCGAUCUGUUGGUGUGUACAUACAGGGCACGGCUCCUCGCUGGAUGGACCAAGUGCCUCCUGACCCUUGUAACUGUAACAUUACAUCAAUCUUGGGUGCCUGUUUUUUUUUUUUUUUUUUUUUUUGGGCCAAUGAUGUUAUAAAUAAUUCACACGCCAGAGUAUAAGGAUGUGGAUCCUGCAGCUUUGGAGGGCCUCAAGAGGUCUUGCACACCGAUGCGAUGUAGCCUUUUAUUAUUGAAGUCUGGAGCAUUACAAUGACCAAAAUCUGUUUUCUGUCAUUAGUUUGUUUUAUCCAGGGUUUUUUUUUCUACUUUUUGAUUUUCUGUAAGUAAGAAUCGGGUUGUUAUAGAAACACUAGUAUAUGCAAAUAUCAAAAAGAAAGUCCUUGGAGAAUUUUUGCAUUAUUCCCAUUUUGAUUUACACAGCAAUAUUGCUUAUCUACAACAUUAAACCGUUGAUUGAAAUGA